CAUACUUGCUUUGUGAUGAGAAGCCUGGUAGGGAAUGUCCUGCUGACUGAGAAAGUGCGUCAAUAACACAGCCGACGGUAUCAGACACAAUGAGCGCCAGCCGCUGACCGACACAUGGCAUCAGUCCUGGAGGAAACGUCAAUCACGAGCACCAUGGAAACGUCCAACUUUGCCCACGUCAUCUUCCAGAAUGUCGGAAAGAGCUACGUUCCGCACGCCGCCCUAGAGUGCCACUACACUCUCACGCAGUUCAUCACGCCCCAUCAUAAGGACUGGGUCGGCAUCUUCAAGGUCGGAUGGAGCACGGCUCGCGACUACUACACCUUCCUGUGGUCUCCUCUGCCGGAGACGUACACCGAAGGCACCGCCAUCCACAGAUCUGUCGUCUUUCAAGGAUACUACGUGCCCAACGACGACGGCGAGUUCUACCAGUUCUGUUACGUCACCCACAAAGGAGAGAUCCGCGGCGCCAGCACGCCCUUCCAGUUCCGUGCCAGCAGCCCCACCGAGGAGGAGCUGCUGACCGUGGAGGAUGAGGGUGGAUCAGACAUCCUGGUCGUCACCACCAAGGCCAGUUAUCUGGAGCAAAAGAUGGAGGAGGUGCUUCUGGAGAAGGACGAGCUCCUGAAGAGCAUGGAUCUCCUCCAGCGGGAGAGAGACGAGCUCCUGGAGCAGAGGGACGUCCUUCAGAAACAGUGGGAACAGGAGCAGGAGAGCAGCGCUCAGCUCAGGAAGGAAGUGCAGGAGCUGCAGCUCUCCUCCCAGAGCCUGCAGGAGGAGAAAGACGAGGUACAGAGGAGGCUGGAGGAGAACACGGCUCGACUCUCACAGCUGGAGGAGGAUCUGAUCGGGGUCACUCAGAAAGGUCUGCAGAAGGAGACCGAGCUGGACUGCCUGAAAGAUCGUGUGAAGAAGCUCAGUUCAGAAAAAGAAGCGCUGGAGUCUCAGCUGAAGAACGAGAAGGAUGAAAAGGAGCUCUACAAGAUCCACCUGAAGAACCGCGAGCUGGAGAACACUAAGCUGAGCGCCGAGCUGCAGAUGCUGAGGUCGGUGGACGUGAAUAAGGAGAACACCAUCGCGCAGUUAAAGGACGAGCUGGCCAGAGCCAAAGCCUGCCUGGCAGAGAAGGACAAGCAGCACCGCCAACUGCUGGCCAACAGCUCUCCGACGGAGACCAAGGCCCUGCGUGAGCAGCUCAGGCAGAAGGAGGAGCAGCUCCAGGCCACCCAGCAGCAGGCCGCCAUGCUGUCCGCCGAGCUCCGGGACUCGUCCAGCGCGCGGGACCGCGGCAUGGCCGAGCUGUACCGGGCCCGGCUGGAGGUCGACACCCUCAGGCAGGGCCAGGCGGAGGCGCGGGCCGAAUGCAGCCGCCUGGAGAAGCAGGUGGAGGAGAUGAAGAGCUCCGCCGCGCAGGAAGCCAAUGAGGAGUCGGAGGUUUUGGCGGUGGCCGAGCUGCAGAGGGAGGUCGAGGACCUGAAGCUCAGGCUGCAGAUGGCUGCAGAACAUUACAAGGAGAAGUACAAGGAAUGUCAAAAACUGCAGAAGCAAGUGGUGAAGAUGUCUGAGCAGCAAGGGGUAAAGAGGAGUCCUGGUUCAGAGGGAGCCAACGGUCCCCUCUCUGUCAGUCCAGAAGCAUCUGUACCAGGAAGUCCAGGCUCAUCAGACAAAGUGCUGGACGCCAUAAUCCACGGCAAGCUGAAGGGGGUCAGUAAGGAAAGUUGUGACAAGAACGACAAGUACAAGAAGUGCAAACAUUUACUGUGUGAGGAGAAGGAGCGUAACGGCGUGCUCAUGGAUGAGCUGGCCAAGCUGGAGCUGAAAUGGAAGGAGCAGCUAAAGAUCAACGAGGGUCUGAAACUGCAGCUGGCAGCCGAGGAGGAUCGCUAUAAGAGUCAGGUAGCAGCUAAAGGUCGUGAGCUGAAGGAACUGAAGGACAGCCUCGCCACUUUAUCCAAAGAGAAGGAGAAACUGGAAGGGGAGCUGCAGAGAAGUGUCAGUCAGGACAAAGACGCCGCCGCCGACAGUCUGGACAUGCAUCCAGUUUUCCUCCAGUACUCGCUGCCGUACCAGCAGGACGUCCCCUCGCCUCUACUGGUGGCCCAGCGCCCCACUGAGCUGAUGUUCGGGAACCCGUACUCGUCCGACACCAGGGACAGCGCCGACGGCGAGUUCUCCGACGAUCAGAUGCUGAGACUUCCUCCCGUCGGCCCUCCGUCCUGGGACAGUAACGUCGUGUGCAGCCAACCGGCCCGAAACCUGAACCGCCCGGACGGCCUGGAGGAACCCGAGGAACCCCCGAGUCCUCAGCCCAGUGACCCGGAUACAGUCAGCGAACCGCCCGCCCACUUCCCUAAUGACGGACAAAUUCCUUUCUGCUUUGAGUCCAGCGAGGAGUCUCAGAAGCGCUGUCCACUCUGCGAGGUCAUCUUCCCUCCCAAUUACGACCAGUCCAAGUUCGAGGAGCAUGUGGAGAGCCACUGGAAGGUUUGUCCCAUGUGCAGCGAGCAGUUCCCGCUCGACUGCGACCAGCAGCUCUUCGAGAAGCACGUGCUCACCCACUUCGACAGCAACGUCCUCAACUUCGACUAGGCCGGGCGACGGCGGGAUGAAGAACGCGUAACAUUUAGUCCACGCUAAGCUCCUCACAGACGCCGUCGCAUGUUACGCUCCGAGUAGUUAAUCACUCUUUAUAAGAACUUAUUUUAAACCCUCCUGAUCUGUUAGCAAAUGAGUUUCUGUAACGUUAGAGCUAAUGCAGGAUCUUUGAUUUUUCUGGCGCUAUUUAUUAGUUACGGGGUUCUUUAAGGCCGCAGGGUGGACGGACUAGCAUACGGUCACUUUAUCAUAAACGUUCUAUCUUUUAAACACAAGAAACUGGUAUUUAAAGCUUUAAGGCUAGCGUCAGGUAUCGUCUUCUCUCUCUGCGCCGUCAGGGCACAUUAGUUUCUCUACAGUAUACAGAUCUAUAUCAAUAAAUCAAUAUUUUAGAAUAAGAAUUUAAUCAUCACUGGAGGAACGAACACCUGCUUUAUAAAGCGAGUGAGCACUCUGAUGGGUCACGUCUCUUUUUCUGUUUAAAGUAGCCGACAGACGAGCUGUUAUUUAAACGUAGCCGCGUACUCGUCCUCUCUGGUUCCCACGACUCAGAUUAAGCCUGGUCCUGGUCCUGGUCCUGGUCCUGGUCCUGAACUCGAGGACCUGCUGGAGUACGAUUAUAUUACACACGAGUGCAUGCAAACAUUCGCUUUAUUAAUAAAACCUGUAAACAACAGCGUAUUACUGACCACGCCCGAUUUAACACCGGACUUAAUCUGUCUCAGUUAACCACGCCGUCACGUUUCCUCUGGGUUUUUGGUUUUAGUUGAUGUGUUCUUCUAUAAACUCUUUAUUUGUGUUUGUGUUCUUUAAUUCAACAACAAUAAAGAUUCGUUUGGAACAA